UUUUUUUUCACUCCCUUCUCUGUUGUCUUCUUUCUUUUCUCACCAUACCGUAUGGAAGUUCGAACUUCGUAAAAGCCCUCGUCCCAGAUCAAACUCUAGCAGGAGAACUUGUUUUUUUCAACGUAACCCUUUCUCCUGUUCUUGCUCCAUCUAACAAGGAUUUACAACAGGAAAUUGUCUGUAUCUAUUAAAUGGAGGUUACAGGGGGUUAAAGCUUUUUCACGUGUCCAUGCUCCCUAUAAAAGAUAACCCCACCACCACCGAUUCAGAAAAACCCUUGGACUCUACAAACACCGCCUCCACCAAAAUGGACAAAAACUCUUUCCUCGUAUUAGCAGCACUGGGAGGUGACGACGGCCUUGAAGAAGAAUCAGGGAAAUCAGUAGUAGAAGAAGAAGUUACAAACACUGAAGCUACUACAACUACAAGCAAAAAGAAAAAUGCUAAGAAGAAGCUGGCAAAGCAGAGGAAGAAGCAGAAAGAUCAUGAAGCAAAGAUGCUUAAAGAAGAAGAAGAUAAGAAGGCACUAGCCAUGACGGGUCUAAGCUUAGUGAUCCUGAACCAAUAACAGCAGCAGCAGCUGAUGAAGAAGAUAUGGACGGUAUGGACCCUAAUGGAAAGGGGCUAAAAGAAGAAGAAGAGAAGGCACUACCCAUGAUGGGGUCUAAGCUUAGUAAUCCUGAACCAAUAACAGCAGCAGCAGCAACAACAGCUAAUGAAGAAGAUAUGGACUCUAAUGGAAAGGGGCUUAAAGAAGAAGAAGAAGAAGAGAAGGAACUAAGCAUGAUGGGGUCUGAGCUUAGUAACCCUGAACCAAUAACAGCAGCUGAUGAAGAAGAUAUAGACCCUGAUCAAUUUCGUGCGAGCAGGCUUAAAAUGGUUGAAUCGCUUAAGAACUCAGGGGUUAAUCCAUAUCCUCACAAAUUCCAAGUUACAAUGACUAUUGCUACAUACAUUAGAAUGUAUGAGACACUUGGAGCUGGUGAACGUCGGGAAGAUGUAGUCGUGUCAUUGAGCGGAAGAAUUAUGCAGAAGAGAAUGCAGUCGGCCAAGCUAAACUGUUAUGGUUUGUCCGAAUUUGGUGGUUCAGAGGUGCAAAUCAUGGUUGAUAUUAGUAAUUCUGAUCUGGACGUAACUGAAUUUACACGCUUCCACUCUUGUGUCGAACGUGGUGAUAUUGUUGGUGUUACGGGAUUUCCUGGAAGGUGCCAGAGAGGAGAAUUGAGUCUCUUUCCUAGAUCUUUUGUUGUUCUAAGUCACACUCUUCAAUUGAUGCCAAGAGGGAAAGCAGGUCCUAGAGGUGAUAAUGCAAAUGUCAAGGAAACAAGAUAUUUCCAACGUUACUUGGACUUGGUGUUGAAUAAAGAGGUGCCUCAAAUAUUCAGCACUCGAGCUAUGAUUGUUGAUUAUAUAAGGAAAUUCCUCAAAAAUCUUGACUUUUUGGAGGUAGAAACCCCCAUGAUGAACAUGAUUGCUGGUGGAGGCAAUCCAUUUAUUACUCAUGAUAAUGACUUCAACAUGAACCUAUUCACGUGUGUCCCCCCUGAAGUUUAUCUUAAACAGCUUGUUGUUGGUGGACUUGAACGCGUCUUUGAGAUACGAAAACGCUUCAGCAACGAAGGUAUUGAUUUGGCAGAUAAUCCAGAGUUAACUAUAUGUGAGUUUUACGAAGCUUAUGCAGAUUACUAUGACUUGAUGGCUCAAACGGAGAAGAUGUUGAGUGAUAUGGUAAUGGAACUAACCGGUGGCUAUACAGUCAAGUACCAUGCAAAUGGGUUUCACAAGGAUCCGAUAGAGAUUGACUUCACUCCUCCUUUUAGAAGGAUUGACCUGAUAGAAGAGUUGGAGAAGAUGGCUGAUCUUAAGAUACCCGAGGAUCUAUCAAGUGACAUAACCAACAAGUAUUUGCUGGAUGCCUGCAUCAAGCUUGAUGUCAAGUGCCCUCCUCAAACAACAGCGUGGUUGUUAAACAAGCUUGUUGAACAUUUCCUGGCGGAGACGUGUGUUAAUCCAACCUUUAUCAUUGACUAUCCUGAGAUUAUGAUCCCCUUGGCGAAGUCGCAUAGAUCAAGGCGAGGCUUGACCGAAUGUUUCAAAUUGAACAUCAACAAGCGCGAAGUUUGCAACGCAUACACAGAGUUGAACGAUCCCGUGGUACAACGUCAGCGAUUUGCCAAGCAACUACAGGACGCGCUGUUAGGUGAGUCAAGGCCAUUAGACCAGCUCCUCGAGGCAUAUUGCACGGCUUUGGAAUAUGGAUUACCCCCCACUGCUGGGUGGGUUUUGGGGAUUGAUCGGCUGACAAUGCUGCUUACUGAUUCACAUACUAUGAAGGAGGUAAUUCUGUUUCCUCCCCUCCAUGGUGCAUUUACAUAAAUCCAUCAACGCUCCAGUCACUUUUCUCAGGGGGCAGGGUUUGGUAGACCACAAGUUCACUAAUAUUUUAAUUCUUCAGAAUUUUAGCCCAUAUCAAGAAUUUGUGAGCUGUUUUGGCGGAUGUAUAUAUGCGCAUCGUUAUAAUGAGACUUGGUCGAGCUAUUAUAUUUUUGAAGCGAUCCACUGGUAAAUGAUGAAAGAUGCUAACGAAAAUUCUUAUACUGGUUUGAAUAGUGGGAACAACCGCCUUUUCUUAUUUAUUUAGCUACGGAAAAUGAUAGACCUCCCCUCUAGCUUCUUAUAGGUUCAAACGAGUGACUUGGUUCCUCUCAGUUAACGGGUUCAAGGUUCAGGACAGCGAAUACGCAUUUAAAUGCUCCUUAAA